AUGUCGAUAUUUCAUGCGAUAAAGCAACUGGAAGAGAAAAAUGUUGCUAAUGAAAUAAAUGUUAUGGUAUGGAGUGAUCGUAUGGAUCUUCUUGCAUUUUCGAAUGUAAAAGGUGAGGUAGCUCUCCAUAGAUUGUCAUGGACAAGAGCCUGGAGUCUCAGUCCACCUAAAGAAAAUUUACAAGUAAAUUCCAUUGCCUGGAGACCUGAUGGAAAAGUAUUAGCAGUGGGCUAUAGUAAUGGAGAAGUAUUGUUAAUAAAUGUUGAAAACAAAAAAGUUCUCAAUGUUAAAGAAGCUCCAGGUGAAAUAACUCAUAUAGUUUGGGUUCAAGAAAAAACAGACACAAAAAUUACAGAUAAUUUCAGCUUCAAAGAUGAAGAAAAAAAGGAUUAUAUGAAAUAUAUUGAUCUCUCAAAGUUAUAUAUAAAAGACCCCAUGCUGAAUGCAUCAUUGGACAAUUCCACAAAUUCAGAUGACGUGAAAGAAACUAACUUUUUACAAGAACAAAGUGAACUAAACCUCCUUCUAGUUGGUACCAAAGAUGGUUAUGUGCACAUAAGAAUUUUUGGCUGUUUUACUUGUGCCAUAUUGAACAUCAAUUCUUAUUUAGGCAAGAGUUGUUCUGUAGAACAGAUUCACAUGAGUGAAGAUAUGAGUAAAAUAUUUGUGACUGUGAAAGAUUCUGAACACAAUGUCAAAAUUCAAUUAAUCGAUGCAGGAGUGUUCAAAACACAUGCAAGGGAAUUAUUUGCAGUCGCUAUGAAAUACGUAAAACUUAUUGAUCUCACAACGUACUUGACUAGUACUAUCGCUAAUAUCACAGAAACAUGGGAAAGCUUUCUACUAGAAAUUGAUCAUAAGCUAUCUAAAUAUGCCAGCAAAGUACCAGAAGGAGGUGUUUCAGCAGACUUUUUGGAUUUGCUCAUGUUUGGAAUAUGUUCUUCAGAAUUACAAGAGUUCUUGAUGAUUGAACUCACUAAGAAAGGACUCGAAAAAUUUGGACAGACUAUAGAAAUGAGUUAUGCUAAUAUACAGAAGUUGUUAUUGAAAAAUGUCACGAAAUUUGGCCAAAAUUUAACCUACCACCUAGCUGAGUUGAGAGGUAUGACAAGGUUACAAAACAGAUAUGGGGUGAUUGGUCUUUCUGAAGAACAAAUUACGCAGGCAAUACAAUCCAGUGGAGCUUUCCUCAUAAAAGCUGGUGAAAUGCAACAGAUCAUUAACCAUUCUGUUAUAAAUUACAAAGCAUUUUUUCGAUGGUUAUAUGGUGCUAUUUUAUUCCUGAUGGAUGAAACAAUCCCUUCAGAAAUUCACAAAAUGGCUCAGCAAGAUUUGGCCUACAUCACUGAGUUUUUACAGAAUUUUGAUAACAUUGGUAAUAGAGAUGGACAAAAUACCAAAGGCUUCAUCAUGGAACGACUGGGCCAGUAUCUCGUUGAUGCUCCAUUAACCAUAAUCCCAGUCAUGAACGGUAAUGACUGGACGUCGUUCUUGAAAGAAAACGACUGUGUGCAAAACCAUCCUAGUAUUCUUAAACACUAUGCGAACACAUCGCUCAUACAGCAAUUCAAAGAUCUAGCUUUGAAGAUAAUGGAUAUCUUCAAGACUCCGAAAAAUAUUUUGGACAAACAGUUUAAGCCCGUGCAAUGCUUUGAUUGUUUUAAUUUCGGUGACAGAACGUUACGAAUGUCUUCCACUAAUGUUAACAAAGAAAUCAUGUUGUUCAGUUUUCUUCAGCCCUUGAGUAACCUAUAUUUGCUGCAAAUUCGUGUAAGAGGAGACAAGUGCUUAGCAAGAUGUGGUAAAUUCCAUUUCACGCAGUUGGGGGAAGACACUGGUGAUGUCUCCCAAAUUUUAGAUUUGUCAUUUUACUCCACAAAUAUUAUAUCGAUACUGUUACAAGAAACAAUAGGUUAUAAAACAGGGAUUUUACUUCAAUUCCCGUUAUCUUCUGCAUUGGAAAGGCUGACAGAAAUUGAUAUCAAUGCGGAGCUUGGCAAAAUUAGUUUACCGAAUUGUAAUGGUUCAGUUUUAACUCCAAAAUUGUUGAAGAAUAUCGAGAUGGCGGCUUCGAUCUUUGCUGUCUCGGGUAGUAGAAGGGUCAGUAUAGUGCUUUCAGAGAAUAAGAGAAAAAUCAAGAUGUUUGAGAUGGAAGCGGAAGAGGAGGAAGAAGACGAUGCUGACAUGACAAAUAGUAUGCUGAAGGAUGAUGUUAGUAUGCAAGAGCAGGACGAUAGCAUAAUUCAAUGA